AUGUCGACUGGCGACUUGCGCGAUGCCCUUGCCGAGCUCCUGGGGAAGCUGUGCACCUGGAAGGAUCUCAGGACGCUGGAGAGCGACUCCGGUUCCGACUCACCCUCUGGGCUCGAGCACUGCUUGGAGGGCUCCUUGAAGGCCGACCCCUGCUACUACUUUGCUGAGAUGCUGCUCCCUGGGCCGAGCUGGUUUACACCCGACUGCCCUCAGCCGCCGGACCACGAAGAUUUGAGAGCCUACGCCGUUCGAAACAGGGUGCUACCGCGGGGCCUCAAAGAGCGGGUGGUCCUGAACGCGCUGGAUGCCGCGCCCGAAGAUGCCAGCGCGCGGCUGCGAGAGGUUUGGACGGACACGGUCCGAAAGCCGCUUUUCUACGGCUAUCAGUUGCCGCCUGGGGAGGCUUGUCUGGCAGCCGGUUUCCAACGGCAGGGCCGCCGCGUCGCGGUGAUGCGAGCGAUGGUCCUGGCCUGGCGCCCCUCAGAGUGCCAGGUGGUAUUUUGCCACGCGGACGUGAAGCACCAUGACUGCCAUGUGGUGGUCUGCGGAGGGCUCCCGCACGAACUUGUGCGCCAGCGCAUCGAGUCGCUGCUCUGUGACUACUGGCAGAAGGCAGCGAAGCCGAAGCCCAUGUUCGAGGAAUUCCUGGAGCUGCUGUUUGCGAAGCUUUCGGCCCCCGCGCCGGGCAGUUGGGAGGAGGAGUGGUGGGGGAACCUGGUGCGGCCUCCAAGCAAGGACCUGCUUGAGGCACCUACGGCCCAGGCGCCUCCGGAGAUCGUGAGGACUGCGACAACAUCUCGCAAGAAGCGGUGCAAGACGAUCAAGCGCUCCGGGCUGAAGAUCCGGCCGACGAGGACGGCGAUGGCUGGGGGCUGA